AAUAAUCUCUUCAAUUCAAAUAUAUCUCCUACACUAAAUUUUUUUUCUCAACAAGACAUGAGGCCAAAAACCCAACAAAUCCCCAAACUCAAAUUGCUCAUAUUUGGUGUUUUCUUUGCUUUCUUCAUCCUCUUUUUGCUAAGAUCAAACUUAUCAUCAUCAUCAUCAUCUCCCAAACAAAACUCAUCAUCUUCAUCUCUUGUCACCACUUUUCAAUCAAAACCCUCAAAUCUUGAUGAUGAUGAUGACUCAUCAAAUUCAAGAAACUGUUCUUCAUCACCAAAUUUCACCAAGAUCCCAAAAUCCCUAUCUCAAGCUCUAAUCCACUACACAACUUCAACAAUAACACCACAACAAACCCUCAAAGAAAUAUCAAUAUCAGCAAAAAUACUAGAGAAAAAAUCCCCAUGCAACUUCUUGGUUUUUGGCCUAGGCCAUGAUAGUCUUAUGUGGAACACACUAAACUAUGGUGGAAGAACAAUAUUUCUUGAAGAAGAUGAAGCAUGGAUUUCACAAAUCAAAAGAAGAUUCCCAAUUCUUGAAUCAUACCAUGUAAGGUAUGACAGUAAAGUGAAUCAAGCUGAUAAUCUAAUGGAAGUUGGUAAAGGAAUUGAAUGUACUUCAUUGAUGGAUCCAAGAUUUUCAAUGUGUCAACUUGCAUUAAAAGGUUUACCAAAUGAAGUUUAUGAGAUAAAAUGGGAUUUGAUUAUGGUCGAUGCACCGACCGGAUAUUAUGAAGAUGCACCGGGGAGAAUGAGUGCAAUUUAUAGUGUUGGAAUGAUGGCUAGGAAUAGAGAAGAUGGUGAAACUGAAGUUUUUGUGCAUGAUGUUAAUAGAGAAGUUGAGGAUAAAUUUUCUAAGGCUUUUUUAUGUGAAGGGUAUAUGAAGAAACAAGAAGGGAGAUUAAGGCAUUUUACUAUUCCUAGUUAUAGAGAUGGAUUGGAUAGACCAUUUUGUCCUUAGUUGGUUAAAUUUGAUCUGUUUUUUUAUAAGUGUUUUUGUUCUUUUUCAUUUUUAUGAUGUUGCUUUUUUUGCAAGUUUUGUUCAUUUUUAGAGUAUUUUGGUACAAACUUGUGGGUUUUGGGUGUUGUUUGAUGGGUUUAUAGGAAUGAGUUACUUUCUACUAUUUUUUUUUUAUUUUUAGCUUAAUCACUUAAAAUUGUAGCCAAAAAAAUUAAAAUCAUCAAUUUUAUCUUAAUUACCAUAUUUGACUAUCAA